AUGGAGGACGUCCAGAUCUCAAAGCUUUCGGACCAGCUCCUGCGGGAAAUAGAUUUGCGGCUUGACAGGACGCUGGGCGGGGACCAGACUGGCGACCCGCGCGCGCUGAAGGCCCUGCUGGAUCUCAUUGGGCAGUUCCAGCCAAACCCUCAGCUCCUGGACACGCGGCUGCGUUCGUUUGUGGGCCGCUUGGUGAGUGUGUACCGUCGUGUGCUGGCGGAGGAGCUGGCGUGUGGGGAGCAGACUGGCGUGAUAUUUUACCAUCUGGCCAAAAUCAGAGGCAUCAAGGUGGUCUCCAACUGUCUGACCAGCGAUCUGUACCUGUUGACGGCAGUUCUUGACAGAGUGGACGGUCUCGGCGACAAUGACCGCGCGCAGUGGCAGGAGACGUUUUUCUUGCUUGUGUGGCUGUCGAUUCUGGUCCUGGUGCCGUUUCCGCUCGAGAAAAUCCGGCCCAGUCUCUCCAAGGCCAUAUUUGAUCUCUCGCGCAAAUACCUCCAGUCCAGCGGCAAGGAGAGCGACGCGGCCGCGCUGCUGAUGGCACGGCUGCUGUCACGUGCCGACUGUGCGCCGCUGUUGCAGGGCUUCGUCGCCGACAACUUCAACUCGCUUGCGUGGGAGCAGAAAAGCAUAUUUGAGCAGCUCGGCCUCCUCAUGACGACAAACCACCUGUUCAGGCUGUGUGCGCCGCAGACGCUCGAGCUGUUUGGCCAGCGUCUGCUGGUGCUGAUUGCGAACGAGCUGGACACGCCGAACGCCUCGUGCUUGCGGUUUUUCGUCAAGAACCUCGGCAAGCUGGGCGUCCAUUUUGUGCGCACUAGCGACUACGACGCCGUCGAGGAGAUAUGCAACUACCUAUUUGAUUUUGUCGGGCACGCCAGCACGGUGAUUCGGUACUCUGUGGCGAAGCAGCUGGCCAAGAUCUCGGGCCUGCUGCCGCAGCAGCUGCGCAACGACGUGGUGCGUGCGCUGGUUGCACAGCUCGAGCUUUCCGCCGAUGGCCGCGUCGAUGCCGAGUCGAUCGACGUCGAGCUCUUCCACGGCGUGCUGCUGGCGAUCGGCGAGCAGGCGCGCACCAGACAGCUGGACACGGCUUUCCUGCCCGAGCUGGCCGCCCUGCUGCACCAGACGCUUUUCCUGGAGCAGUACCGCGUGACCCACGCGGUCGGGUCGAACGUGCGCGACGCGACGUGUUUUAUCAUCUGGUCGCUGGCCAAACGGUACAAGACAAACGAGGUGGGGCUGGAGCUGUGGUGGGCAUUUUUCCGCGACCUGGUGCUGUGCUGCUGUUUCGACAAGGAGCUGAUUGUGCGGCGUGCGAGCGCGGCGUGUGUGCAGGAGGUGGUCGGCCGCCACGGCGAGAUUUUCGACCGCAACGACAAACACAGCCUCAAGGUGAAACUGAUAGAGACGCUGGACUACACGGCGCUGGGACAGCUCGACCGCGCGUUUGCAUCGAGCCUGGACAUUUGCGAGCUGGGCCUUUUGCAGAGAGAAAUUCAGGCCGCGUUGGAGCAUGCCGUUCUGCACAGAGACUACGAGAUUCGCACGCGGGCAGCAAAGACGCUGAGAAAACUCGGCCACAAAAAGCUGGUCGAACGGUAUUUCCAGGGAGAGUUCCAGCCGGGGAAGUUCUAUGUGCUUGCCGAGCUGCUCCAGGACACAGCAGAACGUGAAACCGACAAAUACCACAACCUCUUUGUGGAGUUUUCGUUCGACUUCCACAGAGACCCGUUCCACAAAGGCGAAGAGUAUCUGUACCUAUUGACGGUGCUGUGUCGCCAGGGAUUUGUUCCCAACGACCACGAGCUGGAGACCGUCUUCCACGUCGUCAGGAACAGCAGCGACCAGGUUUCGCAGCGAUUCUGCGAGCUCGCGGCGGUGCUCGUGCUACCAGAAGAAUAUAUUGCGAAAUGGCUGUCCUACAUCAAAAGCGGAAGUCUGGUGGCCGCGCGCGCUGUGGGACACGCAACCUGGCUCGAAACGAGGGUCGACGACGUGCUGCGGCUGGUGACGGGACACGCCGACGCAGAGCUGCGCAGUUGUCUCAUUCUGUCGCUCGCAGAGUACUUGCACCGCCACUACGUGGCUGAGCACCAGAAACAGACUCUCAUUUCCUGUCUCGACGACUACACGGUCACCAACCGCGGCGACGUCGGCAGCCUCGUGCGAUCGGCGACAAUGAAGCUUAUCGAUGCCAACAGGGACAAAUUUGGCGACCACGCCCUCAUUGACCGCAAACUUCUGCGAAUAGCAGGCGAGACCAUGGAGCGGCUGCGCGUGGCAGCACUAAAGCUCGUGGCAGACCUCAACGGCUGGCAUUUUAGCCCGCCAGAGUCCGACGUUGACCAUUUCCAGGCCCUCAUGAACAUCUACCGUGCGCAUCUCGUGCAAGACAGGGAGCUUUCUCGCGAGUUCUGGAAAGGCUACUCUUUUUCUGCCGGGUCCCAGCAGUCCUUGGCACAGGCCACCAACGCGGCGCUGCUGGCGUUCUUCCAGGCCUGGAAGCAGCUAGACGACAGAAAAACCGUGCUGGGCGACAUUUUGUCGAUUUUGAGGCCGCUCGAGGGCGCACAGAGCCGCGUCGAACGUGCUACCAAAACACAGGACGCCUGCUUGCGGUUCCUGUGCAACGCAUUGGAGCUGAACCUGCCGCUGCCAGCAGACGUUGCUGUGCGGAGCAUCUUUGUGCGCGUGUACAACCUCACGCUGGGAAAAACACACCCGGGACGGCUCGCGGUGGCCAUUCGCGUAUUUGUGCAGCUGGCUGUUGCAGACCCGGCAGACACGAAAGGCGACUGUGUGGCACGGCUGACGUGGCUGAGCAAGAAACACCCGACCGCGAGCGUGCGGUUGGCUGCGCUGGAAGCUUUGCAGGAAAUCGAGUGCGACUCAGUUUAG